ACGUUCUUGUUUCCAAGCCUCACGUAAACGCAACACAAAAGCCGGCAGAUGAUGCCCGAGAAAGAAGCUCGCGCGUGCGUGUUUCAGAUAGAGAAGAGCUUACGAGCGCGUCCCUUUGCGCGUGCCCACGGCGGAAUACCGGCUUGAGCCGGUAAAGGGCUGCCAAAGCAAGAGGAAAUGGUUGAGACAAAAGAUGCUGCUGUCGCUGUGACCCGUGACAAAACGGCUAUAAAUAUUCUUUUUUUUAAUUGUUUCUUUUUGUAGUCGUUGUUGAUGAUAGAGUGUUCGGGUUUUACUCAGAAAUACGUGGAGUUUUGCUCACUCCACCUCGGAAAGUCUAAUCGUUUGCCGUAAAUAAUUAAGCUGAAAAGACUAAACAAGAUGACGACGACGUAAAAAAAAAAAAGAAAAAGAAAGAAAAACCAUUUCCCCCUCUUCCUCUUUAGACUCAGCUCUGCCGCAGGUGGCCCACUCUCACCAUGAAGGUCCUUCCGAGUUCCCACUGUUAUUUGGGUCCUAAGGUUUACCCAGAAGUGCCUGAUGGUGGUUGGGGCUGGGCUGUGGCCGUGGCCUUUUUCAUGGUGGAGGUCUGCACCUACGGCACCAUCAAGAGCCUGGGGGUCUUCCUCCAGGACCUGAUGGACGAGUUCGGGGAGAGCAACAGUCGAGUGUCGUGGGUCAUCUCCAUUUGUGUUUUCGUCUUUUCCUUCACAGCUCCAUUGUCAACAAUGAUGAGCAACCGCUUUGGCAGUCGUCCGGUGGUGAUGAUGGGAGGCUUCCUCAUCAGCCUGGGCACCAUAACCUCUGCCUACACCAAUUCAUUGAAAGAGAUGUACAUCACUGUUGGCAUUGUCUCAGGCCUGGGCUACUGCCUCACCUUCCUCCCCACCAUCACCACUCUAGCUCAGUACUUCAACAGACGGCGAGCCCUCGUCACGUCCGUUGCUUCUGCUGGAGAAUCCGUCGCCAUAUUUGCAUUUGCACCAGUUUUCACUGCACUGAAAGCACACAUCGGCUGGCGCCACUGUUUGAUCAUCAUUGGGAUGUUCCAGGCGUCCGUGACUGUUUGCGGACUCCUGCUUUGUCCAAUUAUCAUCAAGCCAGAAGUCAAGAAAGAGGACGAGGAGUCCGACAAGAAGUCGCUCUCCCAGAAGCAGCUGCAGACCGUCUACGAGCUGGAAAAUGAGCAAACCAGAACUUCUAUGAGUUCCGGCGUCUCUGUAGAGUCAGAGGACUCAGGGGUCACGUCCCUCUCUACCUCAAAUGGGGACAUGAGGACUGUGGGAGUGGAGAGCAAGGGGCUGCUGGAGUGGGAGGAGCAGGACAGAAAGAGUCGGGAGGCAUCGCUGUCUCCAACUUCCACUCUGGUGAUGGAGAAGGUUGAAGUUGGAGAAGGUGUGGAGGCGGAGGCGGAGGCUGGUUCUCCAAAGCCGUCAAACACCAAACUCCUGGACGUCUCUGUGCUCAAAGACAGUGCCUUCAUCUGCUACGCCCUCUUUGGCCUGUUUGCCACACUGGGCUUCUUUGCUCCUCAGCUCUACGUCAUUGAGCUGAGUAAAAGCCGGGGCGUGGAGCCCAGUAUGGCCUCCUACAUGCUGUCUGUCAUGGCUGUGGCGGAGAUCUUUGGUCGCUUGUCCAUUGGCGUAGUGUUGAACAAAGUCCCCUGCAGGAAGACCCUGGUGUUGUUGGUCUGCGUGGUCUUUCUCUGCCUGGUUCUGGUGGCCUUCACGCUUGUGUGGGAGUUCUGGGGCCUCGUGGUCUGCUGUGCCCUCUACGGCUACUUCCUGGGCACCGUGGCCUCCACGCACAUCCCGAUGCUUGCUGAGGAGGACGUGGUCGGAGUCCAGAAAAUGGCGUCGGCUGUAGGCAUGUACGUCUUCAUCCAGAGCUUCGCUGGGCUGGCUGGACCACCGCUAGCAGGAGUGUUGGUGGACGUCACGCAGAACUACGGUGCUUCUUUCUACUCCUGUGCCAUCGGCAUGGGCCUCGGUGCCGUCUGCCUGGCUCUGGUCGGUCCGGCCAAGACUGGUCUGUGCCACAGAAGGAAGAGAGAUGACAUCAGGUCCAGAGAGGAAGAGAAGAAGCUGUCACAGCAGGAAAACAACCAGGCGGACUUCCUGGAGGUGGACUUAGCGUCGGACGACAGUCCAGUCAAACAGAACGUCUCUCUGUGAACUGAGCCUCAGCUUUAGCAUCGUGUCACCUCACUGCUGCUGUCACCUGGUAUAUUUGAACGGCUGUAGCCUGACUAACAGUUACAGUCGCUGCAGUGGUAGGCUCCCAAUCUCAGGUAUCACUUUUUUUUUUUUUUUUUUUUUUUUAAACAAGCUUGAAGUUGAAGGAGUAAAUGUGUGUCUCCUCCGAGACCAAAGAGUCAGUUUACUGUUUACUUUUGUUUUGACUCGACUGUACUUUUAUCUCAGGACAAAAGUAUCGUUUCAGUAUCACACGUUUGUCGCCGUACAACACAUCUGCUCUUCACAUCGGCCACUUGCAUGACCACGACCAAGAACUGCGGCCACAUCCUGGUCAUGUGACGCUGUUGAAGUCUUAUUGUUGUAUCCAAAAACAAAUCUUUAUUUAAAAGUUAGAGGGAAAAAACAGUCUUACUAUUAACUUUAUGAACUUGAACAUAUGAACUUUACGAUAUGAGGUUUGUUGAUGACAAGGUCAGUCCUGCAUCACUGUUCGAUGGAAACAGUCAUAGAAGAAGAGGAAGCUUCACUUUUUUUUUACUCCUGACUGUAAACUUUUAUACGACAGUUUUAUACCAAAAAGACUUUGAUUCCACUCGUGUCCAUGUGAUGAUGAUGACGAUGUGUCAGUCUGUCUGACUGAUGCUUUGCCUGUGUUUCUGCUCCAACAACUUGACGAGUCAACAGCACCUUCGUCUUGUCCUGCGGCACCGUACACUCACAGUCAGCACAUUUAAAGGCAUGUGAAGUCUGACGUUCAUAUUUACCUCAGCAGCAGGCUGCAGUAAACCAAGGACCCGUGUCCACGUGAGUGGAAGACACUUCAUUUUUCUUUGAAAUUUCACGCUGCUCUCCAAUGAAACCCAAAUAAAAUUGUAAUUGUAAUAUUUA